AUGAAUAAACAUACUGAAACUAAUGUAACAAAUAUAAAUAUUCAGCCUACUAUAACUCUCCGACGGGGCAGGAGCAAAGGAAAGAUUAACAUAACAAACGAAACACCUAUCAAAAUAAAUUCUAAAACCAAUUAUGCCAGCAUUUCUAAUUCUAAUGGAAAUAAUGUAAAUUCUACAAAUACUCGACCUAUUAUAACGCUUCGAAGAGGCAGGAGUAAAGGAAUGAUUAAUGUAGCAAGCAAAGCUCCUAACGACACCAAUUCUGAAACCAAUUAUGCUGGUACUGCUAAUUCUAAUGGAAUCAAUGUAGAUACUAUAAAUGCUCAACCUACUAUAACCCUUCGAAGGGGCAGGAGCAAAGGAAAGAUUGAUGCAUCAAUAAUUGAAGAUUCAUCAAAUUCUUUAAGAAAAAGAAAGGCAACCGAAAAUGAACAACAACCAAAUCAAAAACCCACCAACACAGCAAAAACGUGGCCGAGGAAGGCCACGAAAAAAAAAAAAAUACAACCACAACCACAACUUGAACCACAACUUGAACCACAACUUGAACCACAACUUGAAUCACAACCCGAUCCACAACCGGAUCCACAAUCCCAACUCGAACAACAACCACAACUCCAACUCAAACCACAACCAAUAUUCGGAAGUGGUUAUACUGGAAUAUUUGGAUCGGGGAACAAAUAUUCCGCCGCACAAAGUGGUGAAGAUAAUGAGAAUGAUAAGGGUGUGAAAGAAGAAGUCCCUUUUGGGACAAGAAUUCGAACUUUAUUACAGGAACAAGAAGUAUCAACUGGGGAAGAAAAUGAGAUUACUCGAAUUGCAAUUAGAGCGAAAUUAUACUGUUUGAAUGUUCAGGAAUGGAAAGAAAGAGGAGUUGGAAUCCUAAGACUAAAUUAUUCAAAAAAUAAUGAAAAUUCUCCUCGAUUAGUUAUGCGUUCUGAAAACGUACUAAAAGUGAUCUUAAAUGUUGCAUUAUUUCAUGGAAUGCAAGUUGAAAGAUCACAAGAGAAAUUUUUACACAAUUCCAAUGAAGCGGAUGAAUUAUAUGAAGCCAUAAUGAAUGCAAUUCCUCCAUCUCAAAAUCAACCACUUCCUAAUAUAACUUCAGAAAUGUCAUUUUGA